UUUUAUCGAUAAUCGUUCGUUGAAAGGGAAAAAAGUAGCAUGAAUGAAAAAGAAACCGCGGGAACGUUUGACUCACAGUGUGUAGUAGUCGACUUCUCAUUGAUACAAGUAUUACGAUUAAGAAUAAUUAGAUAAUAAUUUAAGAAAAAAUAAAUAAUAAUCGAAUAUAUAAAAAAACAAAAGUUUAUUGGAAGAAAGAAAAGGAAAGAGGAUGGCUCUCGUCGUAGUUGUGAAAAAUUUUCAGGGUCUCAAGUGUAAAGGAGAAAAAUUCUUGAAGAUUGACUUUCGAGGUGUAUCAAAUUGUUCGAAAAAUCUCGAGGACAAUGGAGGUGAUGUCAUCACGGUCAAUCAGAAUUUCACGUGGAAUUUGGGACGGCCUGUCGAGGAAACGGAAACAUUGGAAUUAUCCGUGGUAUCUCGUGGAGUUCUUAGAAUGGAAAAAACCAUCGCAAAAUAUGGUCUUAUUCUGCAGACUGUUGUACGAGAAGGUCACAUUACUAUCGAGGAUUCAUUGGUUGACCUUAAUAACAAACCUCUACCUGUGUUAGUUUGCUUCGAAAUACGAUAUAAUCCACCUGACGGAAGUAGCAGCUCUUAUGCAAUAUCAGACGUGAUGGAAGACGAGCAACAAAUGUUGAUCGAUAUUGAACAAAACAUUGCCAAUCUUGAAAGAAGUCUCGAACAAGCAAACACCAGUCAUGGGGGUGGUAAUAGCAAAAGAAGAGGAUCAUGGCAUACACCAGAGAAACUCAAUAAAAAAGGUUUCUUACAUAGAGGAUGUUCUAUGUCAACUGGAGAGAAGUCACCUGAUCGUAAAAAAAGCUCAACGUUGAAAAGCAUGAAAUCUUUCAUGAAGUUAGGAAAACAGAGACCACCAAGAGCUAGAUCUUGUGACAGUAAUUCUGAAACAAAGGAACUUAUCGAUAGAAGAGAUUCGAGUUGUCCGACAUCUAACGAACCUUCCAGGACAAAUUCUUUUACUUCACUUGAAAGCAAUACGUCUGACAACGAGAGCCAAACGAGUAUUAAUAAUAUUGAGCAUGAAGAACCAAUUGUUACAAAAUCAGUUAAAAAACCUAAACCUAAGGCAAAUGAUACAGCAGCUCAAGGUGCAUUGAAGGCACAAGAUUAUCAAGUAUGCGUGACUAUCAUAGAAGCGAGACAAUUAGCAGGGCUUAAUAUGGAUCCUGUUGUUUGCGUUCAAGUUGGGGAUCAAAGAAAAUACACCAGCGUAAAGGAAUCUACUAAUUGUCCUUAUUACAACGAGUACUUCGUUUUCGAUUUUCACAUGCCACCUGUGAUGCUAUUCGACAAGAUCAUCACUUUAUCCGUGCAGCAAUCGCGGAAUCUCUUGCGUGCUAACUUAACACUGGGCAGCUUUAAGUUAGAUAUUGCAACCGUUUGGGCACAGCCAGAUCAUCAAUUUUAUCACAAAUGGGCACUUCUGACCGAUCCCGAUGACGUAGCUGGUGGUCCCAAGGGAUAUUUAAAAUGUGACAUAAGCGUAAUUGGAAAAGGUGAUACCAUUAAAAUUCCACCUAAAAGUGAGAAAGAUGAGGAUGACAUCGAGGGAAAUCUUUUGUUACCUGAUGGUGUACCAAUAGAAAGACAAAGGGCAAAAUUUAUUGUUAAAAUUUACAGAGCCGAUGGUUUGCCAAAAAUGAACAGCAGUAUUAUGGCUAAUGUUAAAAAAGCGUUCACCGGUGAAGUCAAAGAUCUCGUUGAUCCUUACGUCCAAGUUUCGUUUGCUGGUUUGAGCGGAAAAACAACCGUAAAAAGAAACAGUUAUGCACCAAUUUGGAACGAACAAAUCGUCUUUUCAGAAAUGUUUCCGCCACUGUGUCAAAGAAUAAAAAUUCAACUUUGUGAUAACGAUCCAGUUCAUGCUACAGUAAUUGGUACACACUUUGUUGAUUUGAAACAAAUCAGUAAUGACGGUGAAAAAGGUUUUUUACCAACCUUUGGUCCAGCUUUUAUUCAUCUUUAUGGUAGUAUCAGGGAUUAUAGUUUGAUAGAUGAACACUCGACCUUGAAUACGGGACUUGGUGAAGGGAUCUCUUAUAGAGCAAGAUUAUUGGUAGCAAUUAGAACGGAGAUAAGUGAUAACGUUGAAAUGGCACCUUCGGAGGUCGAGGUCGAACCAACUGUGCCAAUCAACGAGGCAGCUUAUGCGAGAAAUGAGGAAUUCUUUUUAUUUGCAACUAUAAUGGAUGCUACUAUGAUAGAUAAGAAGCUUUGUGAUAAACCCAUGUAUUUUGAGAUAUCUAUUGGUAAUGCUGGUAAUGCUUUGGAUGGACAUAAUGAAAGUUCCAAGAUAUGCGAAAUGAAAGGUGGAUCAAACGGUGAAGAAGAAGAAUUGCAAGAAGUUGUUAGCGGAUCUUGGCAAAGUACAACACCUACCACCAAACCAAUGACACAUGAUAAAAUUUAUUACUUUUUACCAUACUGGGAUGACAAACCAUGUCUUCACGUACGAAGUAUUUGGCCUGAUUAUAGACGUAGAAUGUACAAUAGUAAUAUCAUCGGCAAGAUUGUUGACAAAUUGGAAGAAGGAUUAACCGAGGUUCAACAAAGAAUUGAAGAUCCUGCUAGUGAAAAAUUAUUGAAAACUGUACUGGAAGAAUUAUCUAGCAGUUGUAAUCGUUACGUUGGUAUCAGUAAAUCAAGUUCAACUGGACCAGGUGUUGGUAAGACUAAAUUGGACAAGGAAAGGAUGAAACUUUGUCAAAGAGAGAUGGAAAGCAUCGGAACCAUGGCAAAGAACUUGAAAGCCAUUAUUACGAAGAACAGUUUUAAGGAACGAUUGAAAACUGCACAGAAUUAUCUACAAAAAUUGAAGUUCUUAGUUGAGGAUCCGCAAGAUUCAUUACCCGAUGUCUUCAUUUGGGUCAUCAGUUCCGGUAGACGGGUUGCCUAUCAAAGAAUUUCAUGCAGGGAAUUGAUUUAUUCUAUCGUUGACGAGGAAUGCGGUAGAAAUUGUGGAAAAAUACAGACGAUGUUUUUAAAGUUACCAGGAAAGAAAAGAUUUGGACCAUCUGGUUGGGCAAUACAAACGAAAUUACAAAUUUAUAUGUGGUUGGGUAUACUAAAACACAAAAAAUAUUUCAUCGAGGGUUUACCAAAGGGUUACGAGAUGAGUCAUGAACUUAAGAAUCUCGACAGAUUACGUGCAUUACCACCUACUGUUAUUCAUUACGUUGAUAAACACAAAUUUCAAUUAAGAGCACACAUGUAUCAAGCAAGAUCGUUGAUCGGUAGCGAUGCAUCCGGUUUAUCGGAUCCAUUCGCACGUGUAAUAUGCGGUGAAUUUUGUAAAUCAACACAAGUAAUUGAUGAAACAUUGAGCCCAACAUGGGACGAAUUACUUUUAUUCGAUGACAUUUUAAUUUAUGGUACAGCUGAAGAAAUUAAAAAGGAUCCACCAUCGAUAGUCAUCGAAAUAUUCGAUCAAGACAAAGUGGGAAAAUCUGAAUACAUUGGUCGUGCUAUUGCAAAACCUCACGUUAAACUUACCUCAGAAAAUUAUGUCCCACCUAAUUAUCCACCAUCCUUGGAAUGGUACGAAAUUACAAGAGGAGCUGGCAGAGCUGGUGAACUUUUAGCUGUAUUCGAAUUACUCGAACAUCCAGCUACAAAAGAUCUUGGAUUUCCAACAUUACCAGAUCCAAAAGAUAAAUGUCAACAAAUGUUACCUUCAGGUCCUGAUCAAGGUCCUAUUCUUCCAGUACCUGUUGGAAUACGACCUACUUUAGCAAAAUAUAGGAUAGAGGUACUAUUUUGGGGAUUACGUGACUUAAAAAGAGUACAUUUAUUAACUGUGGACAAACCAAGGGUUGACGUUGAAUGUGCCGGUCACAUUUUGUACUCAUCUGUCAUUGCUAAUGCUAAAAAAAAUCCAAACUUCAAUACGCCUAUUAAAUUUUUAGAAUUAGAAUUACCCGAACAAGAACUUUAUCGGCCACCAUUAACGAUAAGAGCUGUUGAUUGUCGAAGUUUUGGAAGAUACACGUUGGUGGGAACGCAUACUAUUAAUUCGAUUCAUAAAUAUACUUAUUGUCCGCAAACUAAAAGAGCACGUGACGUUGAAGAGAGAAAGAAGAGUCUUUAUCAAUUGCAAUGUGCCGGACUCGAACAAGGAAGAUCAAAGUAUCAACAACAAACGAGUAUGCCAGAAUCUUUUACCCAAUCCGAUAUUGGUUCUAAUAACAAUGAUACAAUAAUCACAUUAGGAUUUGAACAAUGUGCUUGGCAAACUAAACGAGACAAAACUGAACAAAAUUUACGAAAAAAACAAAGUCCAAUGAACGAUAUUGUAUUAAAUGACGUUGGUAUAUUGGACGAUGGUGAUGGUUGUCAGGAUUGGUGGACGAAAUAUUUUGCAUCGGUUGAAGCAAUGAUUGAGGAAAAUAAAGAAUUAAGAAGAGAAAAAUCGAUAUUUCAAGCACAAUCUAAUGGAACAUUGCCAGCAUUUUUGGAAGAUGCAUUUGAACAAGGACAAGCUAGACAAUCAACGACGACAGGUGAAAAAAGUCCGGGUCUCGUUUAUCCUAGUAAAAAAUUGUUUGGCUUGAAAUCACCGUCAAAUGCAUCGAAAUUCGUGUCAAAAAUUAGUCCAAAACAUAUGCCAAGAAAGAUAAUACAUAAAGCAGCAUUACUCAAGAUUUAUCCCAACGAAUUGGAAGCCCAACCAGAAUUUGAACAAUUCAAAGAAUGGUUGCAUACGUUUGAACUUUAUCGAGGUAAAAAAACUGGUGAUGAACCUGAAGAUGAGCAUAGAAUCGUUGGAUAUUUUAAAGGAGCAUUGAAAGUAUACAAAUGGCCAUUACCAAAGGAUCUGAUAGAUCAUACAGUAAUGGGAUUUGAUCCUCAGUAUGGUUUCUUUCAAGGUGUACCAUCUAACGAACCAAUUCACGUACUUGUCAGAGUAUACAUUGUUAAAGCCAAUGAUCUUCAUCCUUGCGAUCUUAAUGGUAAAGCUGAUCCUUACGUUGUUUUACAAUUGGGUGGUAAAAGGAUUAGUGAUAAGGAAAAUUAUGUUUCUAAACAAUUAAAUCCUGUAUUCGGGAAGUGUUUCGAAAUAGAAGCAACAUUUCCUCAGGAUUCCUUGUUAACGGUUCAAGUACUCGAUUGGGAUUUAGUUGGUACCGAUGAUAUGAUUGGCGAGACAAAAAUUGAUUUGGAAAAUCGUUUUUACAGUAGGCACCGUGCCACUUGUGGUUUUCCAAGACGAUACGAUGAAUCGGGUUAUAACAAAUGGAGGGAUGCUAUGAAACCAACACAAAUUUUAUCUAAAUUAUGCAAAGAGGGUAAAGUAGAUGGUCCUGUGUAUUCACAUGGACGUGUAACCAUUGGAAGAAAAACAUUUUCAUUGUCCAACGAGGAUAUGGAAUUUUACGUUCAUUCAAAAGGUAUAGAAGAACACCUUGCAUUGGCUGUACUUCAUCAAUGGAAUUCUUUUCCUCGUAUUGGUUCGACUUUAGUACCAGAACACGUUGAAACUCGGCCACUUUACAAUCCUGAGAAGCCUGGUAUUGAACAAGGAAAAUUAGAGAUGUGGGUGGACAUGUUUCCAAUGGAUAUGCCUUCACCAGGUUCACCAAUUGACAUAUCACCUAGGAAACCUAAAAGUUAUGAGUUACGUGUUAUCAUUUGGAAUACAGAUGACGUUGUGUUAGAAGAUGAUGCUUUCUUUACCGGUGAAAAGAUGAGCGAUAUUUAUGUUAAAGGUUGGUUAAAAGGACCAGAGGAUUGUCAAUCAACCGACAUUCAUUAUCGAUCAUUGACCGGUGAGGGUAACUUCAAUUGGAGAUUCAUUUUUCCAUUUGAUUAUUUAGUUGCUGAAGAAAAAAUCGUCAUCAAUCGAAAAGAAAGUCUUUUCAGUUGGGACGAAACUGAAUGUAAAAUUCCAGCACGAUUGGAAUUACAAGUAUGGGAUGCCGAUCAUUUUUCAGCAGACGAUUUUUUGGGUGCAAUUACUCUCGAUCUUAAUCGAUUUCCACGUGGUGCAAAAAAUAGCAAACUAUGUACACUUGGUAUGUUAAAAACGGAUGGUUCUGUACCAAUGGUUAAUAUAUUUAAACAGAAACGAGUUAAAGGUUGGUGGCCAUUUUACGUGAAGAAGGAAAACGAAGAUAUGGAACUUACGGGUAAGGUUGAAGCUGAAAUACAUUUAUUGACGAAAGAAGAAGCGGAAAAAAAUCCUGCUGGUUUUGGUAGAAAUGAACCUGACCCAUUGGAUAAACCUAAUCGACCGGAUGCCUCAUUCAUGUGGUUCCUGAAUCCUUUAAAAUCAAUCAAAUAUAUCGUUUGGCACAAUUAUAAAUGGGCUAUUUUGAAAGCUAUGAUAAUGAUAGGUUUAAUAGUACUCAUACUCCUAUUUUUCUACGCUAUUCCUGGUUAUUCGGUGAAAAAGAUUUUAGGAGCUUAAAUAAAAAUAAAAAUAAAAAUAAAAAUAAAAAUAAAAAUAAAAAAUAUGAGCGCAAAUUGAAAUAAUGUACAAAUGAUAUGAAACGAAGAAGUUGUUGGUAUGAAGAAGAAAAAAAAAAAAAGUAAAAAAAGAAACAAAAAAGAAAAAAAGUAAUUUAGAAUAAAUUUAGAAUA